AUGUCGAAGGAACCAACUCGGCAUCAGCUUUCUGCCCGACUAGCCUACAAUGCUCACACGCCCGCGUUCCUCCUCAGAAUGCAGCAGCGCGUCUCAGGCAUAGGAGGAGAUGAGGAUGAAGACGACGAGUUUGAAGACGACGGAUCUGGGCGUCCGCCCAUUCCCAAACGUCCGGCAAUCCCGCAGCGCCCAGACGACGAUCCGGGCAGCGCGGACGAGGACGGCAUGGACGAGAAGCCACAAGUAGUGGUGCUGAAGGAGGGGAAGCACCUGAGUGAGAGAGACGCGGAGAACGAAAAGCGCAAGGCAAAGGGUCUACCCCCGCUCCCCGAACCCCAAUCUACCGACAGCGUGAAACAAGCGUCUGAGACAGCAGACAAAGCGUCUACGACACCCAAACAGACCCAGGGUCUGUCUUUUGCGUCAUCUAAAACAGUGGCCAAAUCAAAGUCAGCCAAACGCAAAGCGGUCGGCGACGCAAGAGACGAGGAUGGCCCUAGUGAGCACAAAGCGGGGAAGAGCUCGAAGAAGAAGUCUAAGAAAGCCGAGAAGAAACUGCUAUCAUUUGGUGACGGAGAAUAA